UCUGCGAGUUCAGGAACUGACGUGAUUCAUCUUGACGGCGUUUGCUGUCCUUUCCCCGGGAGCCGGCGAGGGUGACCGAAAGAGGCCGCAAUGUCGCUGCUUAAAGCCGCCCGGACCCUGGGGCGGAGGCCGGGUUUCCAUGGUGUCCGCCAGAUUAUUGUAUACCUUUGUCGACAAUGUUCUUCUGGAAUAUUACCGAACAGCAUGAUUCGGAACAUAGGAAUUUCUGCUCACAUUGAUUCUGGGAAAACCACACUGACAGAAAGAGUUCUUUAUUAUACAGGAAGAAUAGCAGAAAUGCAUGAGGUGAAAGGAAAAGAUGGUGUGGGUGCCAUAAUGGAUUCUAUGGAAUUAGAACGACAGCGAGGAAUCACUAUCCAAUCAGCAGCUACGUACACUGUAUGGAAUAAAAAGAAUAUCAAUAUAAUUGAUACACCAGGGCACGUUGACUUUACAAUUGAGGUGGAGCGUGCAUUAAGAGUCUUAGAUGGAGCUGUUCUGGUUUUGUGUUCUGUUGGUGGAGUUCAGUGCCAGACAAUGACUGUAAACAGACAGAUGAAACGUUACAAUGUUCCAUUUCUUACAUUCAUAAAUAAACUGGAUAGGUUGGGUGCUAAUCCUAAUCGAGCUAUUCAGCAAUUAAGAUCAAAACUCAAUCAUAAUACAGCAUUUAUUCAAAUUCCGAUUGGCCUCGAAGGAAACCUUAAAGGAAUUAUUGAUCUCCUUGAAGAGCGUGCAGUUUACUUCGAAGGCCAGUUUGGCCAGAUUAUGAAAUAUGAUGACAUUCCUGCUGAGCAUCGUGCAGAAGCUGCAGAUCGACGCCAGGAGCUGAUUGAGUGUGUAGCCAAUGUGGAUGAACUGUUGGGUGAAAUGUUUUUGGAAGAGAAAGUCCCUACAGUUAAUGAUUUAAAGGCUGCUGUUAGGAGAGCAACUAUCAGCAGAUUAUUUUCACCUGUAUUAGUAGGAAGUGCUCUGAAAAAUAAAGGUGUACAACCACUGCUGGAUGCUAUUCUAGACUAUCUACCAGACCCAAGUCAAGUCUCAAAUUAUGCUAUUAUUAAUCAAGAGAAUUCCGAGGACAAAACUAAAGUUCUAAUGGACCCCAAAAGAGACGCUUCUCAACCUUUUGUCGGCUUGGCCUUUAAACUGGAGGCAGGCCGAUUUGGACAGUUGACCUAUAUUCGGGUUUAUCAGGGUAUGCUGAAAAAGAGUGAAAAUAUUUAUAAUACACGAACAGGCAAAAAGAUCAGAGUGCAGCGUUUAGUCCGAAUGCAUGCUGACCAGAUGGAGGACGUUGAGGAGGUUUAUGCUGGUGACAUUUGUGCGUUGUUUGGCAUUGAUUGUGCCAGUGGUGAUACAUUCACAGCAAGAACAAUCUAUAACCUUUCAAUGGAGUCUAUUCAUGUCCCUGAACCUGUAAUAUCGGUGGCAAUAAAACCUGUCAACAAGAAUGAUUUAGAUAAAUUUUCCAAAGGAAUUGGCAGAUUUACACGAGAGGAUCCCACUUUUAGAGUUACUUAUGACCCUGACAGCAGAGAAACAAUUGUAUCUGGAAUGGGAGAAUUACACUUGGAAAUAUAUGCACAGAGGCUAGAGAGAGAAUACAAUUGUCCCUGUGUAAUGGGAAAGCCUAAAGUUGCCUUCAGAGAAACCAUCUCUACCUAUGUUCCCUUUGAAUUUACUCACAAAAAGCAAUCUGGUGGUGCAGGCCAGUAUGGCAAAGUUAUUGGUAUACUUGAACCACUGGAUCCUGAAAACUACACCAAGUUAGAAUUUGCUGACAAAACUAUUGGAACAAAUGUACCAAAGCAGUUUAUACCAGCCAUUGAGAAGGGAUUUCUUGAAGCUUGUGAAAAGGGACCUCUUACAGCUCAUAAAAUUUCUGGAGUUCGAUUUGUACUGGAAGAUGGUGCUCACCAUAUAGUGGAUUCCAAUGAAAUAUCUUUCAUAAGAGCUGGCGAGGGUGCUGUCAAACAAGCAAUGGAGAAAACCAGUGUGAUUAUUCUGGAACCCAUUAUGUCAGUGGAGAUUGUAGCACCAAAUGAGUUUCAGGGAAAUGUCAUCGCUGGAAUUAAUCGUCGGCAUGGUGUUAUCACUGGCCAGGAUGGAUCAGAGGGUUAUUUUACACUUUAUGCAGAUGUACCACUGAAUGACAUGUUUGGAUAUGCCACAGAACUGAGAUCAUGUACCGAGGGUAAAGGUGAAUACACGAUGGACUACAGCAGAUACCAGCCAUGUCUGCCCAGUGUACAGGAAGAGCUGGUCAAUAAAUAUCUGGAAGUAACUGGUCAAUUACCAGUUAAGAAGGGAAAAGCCAAGAACUAAAUGUCGUUGUUAGUUGAUUUUUCAAGACAUCACUGUGCAUGGUUUAAUAAUGCUUUCAAGAACACAAAUAUACUGGCAUUGUUGUUGUAAAUAUUUUUAUUGGUGACACUUACCCCAAAGAAUUCUUCAAGAUUAUUCCUUUGACAGGACUUGCGGCAAUCAGUGCAUCUCAUGAACUGACAUUAAACUAUUGUCAAGUAUUGAAGGAGAUUGAUUAUCAGGCAGUUACACACUGACAUGUACUCCUUCAUGUUGCUGCUUUGAAAGCAGCUGAUUUUUUUUGGAUUAUAGCAGUGGGAAUUAGCUGAUAGCUUUUUGAAAAGGGUGUUAGGUGAUAUCAAGAAUUGUUGAACAACAGAGAAGUGAUAAAUUUUUAAUUGCUUAUCACUUUAAAAAUGUUAAAUUGUCCAAGAUCGUUUCCCACAGUACAUUUUCUAUGGUCCAGGUAUCAUAUAUCGAUCCAAAGUGUAAAAUAUCCCCCAGUUAUCAUCUAUUCUUUGAGGGCAGCAAUUUUUGUCAGUUAAAUUUAUCUUGGACCCUGCAUUGCUUUCAGAAGUAUAUCAAUUUUCUUUUUAUAUUUCUGUUAAUUUAAAGGAGUACUAGAUUAUUCAGAAAUAUUUUGGGAAACUAACCUUUGUUUUAGAAGAGCUAUAUUUCAACAUGAUCUUGUGGAACUAGCAUUGUUAUUUAUUAUUUGGAUUAUUUACUGUAUUCUGUUUUAAUCGACAAAAAACAUUGUGUUUGACAAAUAUUGUGUCCUUUUACAAGUGCUAUAAAAAAAGAUAUCUUUAUCUGGAGCUGAUAACUCAAGCUUCCCAAAGUUUGUGUCUGUGUGCUCUUGUCUUGUAGAAACUCAUGGACUUUUUUUUAUCUUUUGGAUUCAUAGACAAUAUAGAUCUAACUGUGAAACUGAAAGGAACAAUGACGUAGAUAAUGAACAUUGUUAAAUGAAAAGGUUAUUUCAUUUGUGAUGUGCUUUUUGAUUGCCAGGUGUUUAUUUCUUGAAAACUGUUUAUUUUUUCUUGUGCUAUUGCACUUCACUAUUUUAUGCAUUACUGGGUUUGAGUCUCCUGCCACUGCUAUUCAUGGGAAAUACAUGAAAGUGAUCUUUGGCUCCUCGCUGUCCACUUUUUCUAUCUCUCCCUGUGACCCAACUUCCCGAAUUCAUUGCCAAUCUGACCUAUUUUAAACACUGAAAUGUCAUAUGAUUCCAGAAAUCAAUAAAAAUGAAACAGCAAUAAAGCAGUACACAACA